AUGAAAGGUUCUUGCCACUGUCAAAACAACUGCAGCUACGAAGAUGUAGCCAACCUUGUGAAUUAUACACAUUCUGAUUUGCGGCCUGUGAAGGACUGUCAGACUGUUUCCCAUGUUGAAGUAGACCUGAAACUGUAUACGAUCGUCAGUCUGGACACAAGCUUGCAGAUUUUGACCACCUAUGUCUGGUUUAACAUGGUAUGGACGAACGAAUUCAUAAAGUGGGACCCAAAAGACUACUGUAACAUCAGUAAUAUCUUAGUUCCUGACAUGAAUUUUUGGGUGCCUGACCUCUACAUCUAUGAAAUGACAGAAUAUGACAACAACAAUCCAGUCAUCCCAUACUUCAAUGUUUCCAAUGAUGGCAAAAUAGAAAAUCCAAAGCCACUAAGAAUCGUCAGUUCCUGCAAGCUAAAGGUCACCAAGUUCCCUUUUGAUGUCCAGAACUGUAGUUUGACCUUUGGUCCUUAUAUUCAUACAGUUAAGGAUAUCGUUAUGAGUUCAAAAUCUAAUUCGAGUUUGGUCAAUGAAAAGUCACAGAAAAUUUUUGUCAGUAAAGGGGAUUGGUCUCUGUUGGAUAUCACUGUGUAUGAUAAAAAUUACACACUUGAUGGCAAGAAUUACAGUACAGUUAUAUAUCAGAUGAUAAUAAAAAGAUCUCCUGUGGUUUACAUCAUAAACCUCAUCAUCCCAGCAUGUUUCAUGGUGAUAUUGGACAUUGCUAGUAUGUUUAUUCAAAUAGAAACUGGAGAGAGAAUUGGCUUCAAAAUUACAUUGGUGUUGGGAUUCUCCGUGCUUCUGCUGAUUCUAAACAACAUGCUCCCCACCUCCAACAACACUCCGAUCCUUGGUGUUUUCUGCUGCGUGUGCCUUGGAGUCAUGGUAGGCAGUAUACUCACCUCAAUUGCAACAGCCUAUAUGUUAAUGUUAUCUGAAAACCAAUAUGAAAUCCCACCUUGGAUAAGAAUCUGGGUCAUGAAACAUCUAGCACGUGUUCUGUUCUUCAAACUGGAAAAAAACACAAAUGAUAAUCUGGUUGAUGUAGAGUCUGCGGAAAAUGGUGAGUCCAAAUAUAAUAGAGAUGAUAGUAAAAUUAAACCAUGCACGACUAUCAAGAUGAGUAAAAUGUCCACACAAAGUGAUACAAGAAUUCAUGUGGAGGUGAACCUGUUAAGGAGAUUAUUGGAACAAGUCCUCAAGAUCCGCAAGGAAAUUAAGUACUCAAAGGAACAGAAGGAUGUUAAGUCAGAUUGGCAUUUUGCUGCAGCCGUGAUAGACCGGCUUGUCUUUAUAGUCUAUUUGCUCAUUGUAAUUAUUAUGUUUUUAGUUGUCAUCAUAGUCUGGGCUUCAUGA